AUGACUUACAAUAAUUCUGUACAAGAAAAACAAUUGCUUUCUUCCAGAGAAGCACCUGUUCCGAGUCCUGAAACAUCACUAAAAAUACAGAAGAUACUUCACAACUAUGAGGUCCUCUUCCCAGACAGACAGUCAUGGGCAGCGGACCCAAAUCAUUUAUUGGCACCCGCGGGGCCCGUCUGGUAUACAAAUGGGGCUAAAGCGGGUUCCAACGCGGGAGCAGGGGUCUGGUCUGGAGGGCCUAGGACUGAGCUGUCCUACACCCUAACCGGUACCGCCUCUGUUCUCCAGAUGGAGCUGUUUGCCAUUCGGGUCUAUGCCCACAGUAUCCUGGAAAGGGGGUACUAUGGCAAACAUAUCUACAUCUGUAGUGACAGCCACACUGCACUCAGACUUGUACACAGCACCGUGGUCAAGUCAGGGCUGGUGAAGGACUGUGUCGACUUGUUGACACGGCUAGGCAAUGUCAACAGAGUAAAGUUGCUCUGGGUGCUGGGUCACAGUGGCGUUCAGGGCAACGAAAGGGCGCACGAGCUUGCCAGACUUGGAGCUUCACGGCACGAUCCGGCAAAUCGGUGCCACAUCAGCGUGUCAUGGGGGCUUAUGCGGAAGAGGACUAAGAAGUGGGCCACGGACCGCUUCAGGGAUCUCUGGAUGCAAGGCCUUGGCAUGAGGCACACGAAGGCUCUGUUCUCAGGGCCCUCGGAGAAGCUAGGUACCGAGUUGAUCAACCUAGACCGAGCCCAAUUGAGGCUGGUUGUGGGAUUGGUCACCGAGCACUGGCACUUUGGAAAGCACCUUACGCGACUGGGCCUUGCACAAGACUCGGUCUGCGGCAGGUGCGGCGAAGGGGAGGAUACUCCCCUCCAUCUCAUAACUCAAUGCGUUGGGCUCACGGACGUCANGAUACUCCCCUCCAUCUCAUAA